GUUCACUGAAAAUGUUGUAAUGGAGUGUGUAUGUACUCAGUGCUACCGGAAGAUAAAUACCAAACGCUAAAAGGUAGUCCGUCUUGCGAGGAAGAGUAAUAUGUAAAACGUGGCCGCGGGUGUCGACCAAGUGACUUGGUACCGCAGUUCUCCGGGUAGCCGCCGCCAUGGGCAAGAAGAACUCUAAACUCAAACAAGACACCAUCGACCGGCUCACCACCGCCACUUACUUUACGGAGAAGGAGAUUCGUCUUUGGCACAAAGGUUUCCUCAAAGAUUGUCCGAAUGGAUUGCUAACUGAACAGGGCUUCAUCAAGAUCUAUAAGCAGUUCUUCCCUCAAGGUGACCCAAGCAAAUUUGCCUCUUUGGUAUUCAGAGUGUUCGACGAAAACAAUGAUGGAUCAAUCGAGUUUGAGGAAUUUAUAAGAGCGUUAUCAGUCACGUCACGGGGAAAUCUAGAUGAAAAAUUACAUUGGGCCUUCCGUCUAUACGACGUCGACAACGACGGAUACAUUACUCGAGACGAAAUGUAUAAUAUAGUCGACGCGAUAUAUCAGAUGGUGGGACAGACGCCUCAGCCGGAGGAUGAGAACACGCCACAAAAACGCGUGGACAAGAUCUUCGACCAGAUGGACAAGAACCACGACGACCGGCUGACGCUUGAGGAGUUCCGCGAGGGCAGCAAGGCGGACCCGCGCAUCGUGCAGGCGCUGUCGCUGGGCGGCGAUUAAUCCACGGUCAUCCUCUCGCCGGACUUCACAUUUACUUAGAGCUACCGACUAGACACCGCCGUGUCCGCGAGGGUACCUACCUUCGCCUUUCCAAUUCCACUUUCCCGGUACCACCUCUUACAGUAGGUACAACCACCCAAUAUAUACCUGUAUUAUUUAUUUAAUUGAUAAAUUAUGAGACCGCAACCGAUUACAAAUGUCCUACAUUGUUAAACCCCAUAACAUACGGCGGAUGUUCACUAGAAUAGUAUUUGCCAAUAUGAACGACGGGCAAAAAGCGAGGCGUUAAUUUGAAUUACCUUUCAGUUUGAAGUGUGAUAUCGAUAAUUAACUUACUUAAAUUGUAUUCUGCUCAACAUUAGGUAUAAAUAAAUCUAAAAAAAGUGCAUUGGACACUUAGCAGAAUAAUAACAACAUUGUAAUGUAUUAAAAAUAAUAAUAUGUGAGAUUAAUAUUUUGAUAUAAUUUAUUACUGAAAAAGGUUUGUAGUGUGAUGUUAGGUACCGUGUGCAAGCGGUCGUAGCUUGCGUCGCCUGCAACUUUCCAUUUUCUAUUUUAAAACUACUAGCCGAGCACUGUUUCCGUUCAGGGGGCCGAUUUUUGAGUCUCACUGUCACUAAAAUACCGGUUGAAAACGGUGAAUUGCCUAUUAUUUUCAGUGACAAUUUUCUGAAUUCGAACGCCGUGAGACUUAAAAAUCGGCCCCCAGGUUUUAAUUCAGUUCAUCACGUAAAUCUAUAUGGAGAAACAGUUACUCAUUUAUUAUAAGUAUUAUAUUCAACAGUUAAAUCUAAACAUGAAAACCUCGACAUUUAAUUCGUGUUGGCAAAUUACAAGCUCUUAAAAAGUAAAUGUGCAAUUAUCGAAAAGUUUGUACAUUUGGAUCACGUCUCCGAUUUUGAUAAA